UGAUUUAGGCCCAAAUUACUUGUAAACCACCCCACCCAAAAAAGAGAGCUCUUUUAGAGGAGGCAGAGCAUAUCCGCAGAAGAACGGUAGUAUGGCCGGAGUACGUCACCGUGGGAAGAUUGUGGGAAGGAGAAAGUCCGUGGGGUCUUUUGCUUCCAUCUUACGCCGAAUGAAGCGAUUCGGUUUGAAUCAGGCCUGGAUGGAUUCUUGCGAUCAGAACUGGCUUCAGUCUGUGCUGAACAGGCCGGAGCCCAAGUUGACUCUGAUUUGUUAUCCUAGAAAGAAAAAGACUACUACCACUGCCAUGAGUCCGUCGACAUCAACGUUGGCCUCUCAGCAGUCGCUGGAAGCUUUUUCUACCCGUAUGGAAAAACUUGACUUGAAGGAGGGAUCUGAUCAGUAUCAGACCACUCGUGGCUCUGAUAUAUUUGAUACUCAGCAGGACAAGUUAUCGUCUGAUAUUGCUACCACCUCAACCUCCAUGCCUCAGGGUGUCCAUUUAUUUCUCUUUAAUGUGUGUGUAUAUAUAUCUAAUAAUUAGUUUGGAUUUAGCUAUUUGGAUGGAUGGUGAUGGUCGAUUGUUUCUUGCUCAUAUAGGUUAAAUUGUUUCCGCUCUCUCUCUUUCUCUUUUUAUUAUCCCCUGGACAACGUUUUCCAAUUGUUUUGUAACACUAUGCUUUUUUAUAUAUG